UCCAAACAUCCUGCGUUAUCCCUCCCCCCUCCUCCUGUUCCUCCUCUUUGUCUUUUCCUGGAACUGUUCACCAUGGAGAACAGGGGAGAUCUCACUCCCGUUCCUCACAAAGCAGCUCACACAAAUUACCAGUAAGUCGCAUGAAUGGAGACUAUACCAAAAUGGCCGCCCACAUAGACCACAAGGUGGAGGCCUCAUUCAACAUUGUCAAUGAUAAGGAGAAGGACAAAAAGCUGAUUCAAACCAAAAUGGUCACCAAAGUGAGCCAACGGAUCAGCAGUCGCUCCAAGCUGGAGGCCCUCUUCAGCCACCCGCUGUACAACCUGCCACGCAAACAUCUGCUGGAAGACGAUUGGCUGCUGAAGUUGAAGCCAAAGAACAAGGGAGGGGACAGUGAGGAGGAAGAUGAGGAGGACAGUGACAAAAGCAGUGAAGAUAGUGAGUGGCAGAGUGACAGUGAGGAGGAUGGCUAUGACCAAGCUAAUUGGACUAGAAGUGCGGACACCCACCCUGCCUGGCUGAGGUACCACCUUGGGAUCUCUCGCUGGGAGCUGUAUGACAGGAAUGACCCUAGCGUUGCCGAGGUGACUCAACAGAUGGCCACACAACGCAUCCUCAGCGCAGUGCAGAAGAGUGGGGGUACCCAGCUCAAGCUGAUCAUGUCAUUCCCCAACUACGGACAGGCCCUCCUCAAACCCAUGAGGUGA